UGCCGCAAACUUUUUUUGUUUCAAUCGGUUCCAAUAUUGGUCAUCUAUCAAGGAUUUAAUGAAGUUAUCAAUUGAAACGAUGGUUAAAGCAAAAAAAUGGGUAGUUUGCUUAGGAUAUUCUGGUCGAGGAUAUUAUGGAAUGCAAGCUCAAAGAAGAGAUAACAAAGUUAUCGAUGAAUUUCCAACAAUUGAAAGUGAAUUAUUUAAAGCUUUUCUUCAAACUGAACUUAUCAAUGAAAAUGAAUAUCAUAAUCCAAGUUUAAUGUAUUUUCAACGAGCUGCUCGUACUGAUAAAGGUGUUUCAGCUUUGAAACAAAUUAUUUCAAUGAAUUCUAAUGCUGAUCUUGAAUCAUAUAUACCCAGAAUAAAUGAAAAAUUACCGAAACAAAUUCGAAUUUUCGGUGCCAAACGAACAACAAAAUAUUUUGAUAGUAAAACAUUUUGUGAUUGUCGUACAUAUAGCUAUUUAAUGCCUUCGUUUACAAUCGAUAAAAAUGCUAAUGAAUCUUAUCGUGUUUCACAAGAAAUGAUUGAAAAAUUUAAUUCCAUUCUAAAUAAAUACGUUGGCACACAUAAUUUUCAUAAUUUUACAUCGCAGAAAAAACCAUUGGAUCCAAGUGCAAAACGUUAUAUAAUUAGUUUUGAUUGUUCACAACCUUUUUUACUAAAAAACAGUAAUUAUAAUGAUGAUAAUGAAAACGAUGGUGAUCAAAAAAACGAUGUCAAACAAAUGGAAUUUAUUGUUGUUCGUGUUAAGGGACAAAGUUUUAUGUUACAUCAGAUACGUAAAAUGAUUGGUUUAGCUGUUGCCAUUAUGAGAGGUUUUGUUGAUCAAAAUAUUAUUGAACGAGCAUUUUCAAUCGAUCGUAUCGAUAUACCAAUGGCACCUGGUCUUGGUUUAAUGUUGGAAGAAGCACAUUUUGAACAAUAUAAUAAAAAAUAUGGUGGUGAUGGUAUUCAUGUACCAAUCAUUUGGGAUGAAUUUAAUGAUUCGAUUUAUGAUUUAAAAAAUCAAUUAAUUUAUCCAGAAAUUGUUGAUAAUGAAAUCAAAGAAUCAUCAAUGACACAAUGGCUGAGUACAUUACAUAUUCAUACAUAUGAUAUAAGAGAUCAUGAAAAUAUUAUCAAAACAAAACGAUCAUCUGAACAAACGAAAAAUGAAGAAGAAACAUUUGAUGGUGAUAAUGUCAAUGAAAAGGAUUAUGAAGAUUCUGUUUGUAAUAAAAAAAUCAAAUCUAACCCCGAAAGUACCUGAUCGGAUAUAAUGACAGAUUCGGA